AUUCAACCGGUAGUUGAUGAAAUUUGGCAUUAGUUUUUUUUUCCUGUUAUCUAUCGACAGUAGUCUUUUUUUUUUGAACAACAAACAUUUACAGACUCAUGUUGACUAUGUAAACCAAAUCGGUAACUUUGUAUCUAUGUGAACGGCGAAAGAUGGUUGUUUCCUAGCACUGCGUGCUAAGCUAUCCACCCUUUUAGAUUCUUCGUCUGAGAUACAUGAACGAUUUCUGAGUUAAGGAAGCUUAUUUUUAAAAGCUUAAUGUCACCCAGGUAAAUGUCAAAUGCUGGUCAUUUUUCCGGUUCUGAAACUAUCUUUACUAAUUGAGAACAAUCCGUUGCCAUGCAUAGUAGUCUAAAUUAUUUAUUAAAAUAAAUGAAAAAAAGAAACUAAUUUUUUAAUAUUUUUUAAUAUUUUUGAAAGAAAUGUUAAUUUUCAUAUUAUGAAAAAGGUAAUACAUAACUAUGUAUUAAAACUAAUUAACUUGUGUUUCGUCCGGAGUCAUCUAAUAAUCCGGUGACCUGAAAAGUUAUCCAAUUUAAUGUCCAGGUCAAUUCUAAAAAAAAUUUGUAUAUUUAUUAUAUAAAGAGUAAUAUCGUUGUUUUUGUAAAAAAAAAGAGGAGAAAAUAUUUAUCAUUGUUAAUGCAGUGUGUCUAUAUUUUUGUUAUCAUGAGUCAUCGUCUUCUUCGUAGAAAGAGAUUCCAAAUGUGACUUAUCGGCAACUACCCUCCAUAUGGGUCUUUAAUCUUAUUGCCUACUCAUUAAAACCUUGAUUUUCUGUUAAAGAAUGCCAAUCAUCCACCGUUACAUCUACCAAGGAAUUGAAUAAAGUUUAAGCAAACACGACUUUAGAGAUUCUAAUCUCUUGGGUUAUAAAAUCCUUAAUCAAACCAUUUGAGCAGUUAUAAUCCGAUACAAAGUUUUGAUCAAUCAUCUUCAUGCUUCUCCAUGUAGCUUCUCUAUCGUGGGUCUACCAUCUUUCUUUGUAUGGUCUAUGGUCUAUGGUCAGAUGUAAACUGGUGCAGCGGAUGAGAAAGAGGUUCACGUGGAAAUUGGACCGGUUGAUGAGAAUGAGAAAUCAAUACUCCUAUUGGAGCUGCGCUUUCUGCUGAUGAUGCUACGGUUCGUCAUUUAGUUGGAGAUGCAUUGGCUCAAACCUUGUGUCUGUCAUGGCUGCUGUGGUCAGCGAUCUGGCAGUGAGCUUUCAUUGUUCUCAGUGAUUUCGUCUGCUAAUCUGGGUUUAUGGUUAUAUCUACAUUAAGUUCAUGUCGUCUUAAGUCCAGAUGCAAAGGCGGUUUAUGGAACUCUUUUCGAGGCAGAUCAUCGGUCUACUUAUUGGAACUUUCCUCCAGCCAGAUGGUAAGUUCCAAGGCAAAGAAAAUUCCAAAGUGAUCUCAAGAUUAUAAACGAUUGCCUUGAUGGAGUCAUUCAAAACGCAAAAGAGAUAAGACAGGAAACAGAUAUAGAGAACUCCAGCAACGUGACUACUCUAAUCUCAAGAAGGUUCUGCUAUCUUUUAUCUCUUGCAUUCAUUACUAAAGGUUAUGAAAGUCUUUUGAUUUUGUUUUCUUGGAUUCAUAUGUGCAAGUAUUUUACGGUUCUUGGUCGACAUGCGCGGUGUUGAUAUUGAUCAAUUGAUGACCGAAUCCUGAAAAAAUUAGGAAAGCUUGGUGAAGGUGCACCUACUAAUGAAUCAUUGAAAAAGCUAGAGUACAUAUGACUCAUUGGUGUAGAAUCCCUUCGUCUGUAUCCUCAGCCGCCUCUGCUCAUCAGGCACACUCUUAAACCAGAAACCUUGAAUGGAGGAUACAAAGGUGAAGAGGAAGGUCAUAAAGUUCCAAAAAGGACCGAUAUCUUCAUUUCCGUAGUAUCUUUUUAUAUUAGUUUAUGAUUCUUCAAUGGAACCUGCUUUUGUUUAAUUUUAUCAGUUAUUAAACAUUCAGGUGUAAAAUCUCCAUAGAUCUCCAUACUUUUGGGAUAACCCACAAGAGUUUGAGCCUGAUAGGUUCUUAAGAACAAAGGAGAGCAAUGGUAUUGAAGGCUGGGCUGGAUUUGAUCCAUCUCGAAGCCCUGGUGCACUUUACCCCAACGAGAUCAUAGCAGACUUUCAAUCUUUACCAUUUGGUGGAGGGCCAAGGAAAUGCAUUGGAGAGCAGUUUGCACUAAUGGAGUCGACUGUUGCACUAGCUAAUGUUUGGAACCGUUUGUCUCUAAGGAUCUGAGCCUCUCACCGAUUGUUAACCGUAUUGUUUCACUACUCACGUGUAACUUGAUUAUGGAAACCUAUUUAGUCAAAUCCGCAUUCUGGCCCAAUAAAACGUAUAUGUGGGCUAAAACUCUUUUGUAUGUAUCUAGGGCUUUCAUAUUUUCUGUUUUCACCCGUAAACUUUAGCUAAUAAAAUAAAAUCUGAAACUAUGAGAUUCACCUCUGAAAUACUUACCCAGGAAAAGGUAUUGACAACUUCUUGACUUUCUGUGGAAUGCUAUAUACCAUAUUUGUUUUAUCAAUAUUUAAGCUAUCGGUUUUAAUACUUCAAACGUAUGUUUUUCUUGACAGAGUUGUGUGAUCCACGGUUCUAUCCCAAUAAAAACUCUAAAAAUAAAUAAUUUUGUAACUAUAUAAUUUUAUAUAUUUUUAGAGUUAUUAUUAUCUUUGAAACAGUUUAUUACAAUUCUAUAUUUUUGAAAUUAAUUUUGGGUAAAAUAAAUAAAAAUAACAAUUAAUUACUCGUAUAAAUUGUUUAAUUUUUUAAAUUCAAAUGUUAUAUCUUUUUUCUCACCCUAUUUGAUUUAUAUACUAACAACUAUCUAGUAAACACUAACCAACUCCAUAAACCUUAACUUUUGAACAUGAAAUCACUAAUAAUGCUAAUGGUCGAUCAAACUGUUACGAUGAUAAGAUAUAAAAAUAUUAACGCAUAUGAAUUCACCAGUCAUUUUUAUAUAGGCAAUUCUCUCAAAUAGUUCUUUUUAAGUUUUUGUCACAAAAAUCCUUGUUCCUAGUUUUGGGUGUUUGGUUGGUUCCAGUUCGGUUCUUUUGAUUUUUGGUUUUUCGGUUCUAUAGAUGUAGAAACCGAUUAGUUAUUUAUGAAAUUUGAUUCAAUUCGGUUCAGUUAUUUUGGUUUAUUCGGUUAGGAUAACUAUUAUGGGGACUAACGAAUAUCGGAUAAACUUUUUGGUCUCAAUUUGGCUCUGAUUCGGUUCCGAUUUUUAAUUAAUUUUGGAUAAUAAAUUGGAUCUUUUCAUUUUUCAGAUUAUAUAUCGGGUAAUAGGAUAAAUUUAAAUGUUCUGAAGUAAUUAGUUUCUUUCAGAUAUGUAAAAUAAUUUUAAUAUUUCAGAUAAAAAGAUAUCCAAGUAUUUUGGGUAUAUCUGUUUAUAAGUAAUUUUAAAACUAAAUAUAAUUAAUUUUUUUAAGUAUGUAAACUGUUUUUAAAAAUUUUGGAUAACUGGUUUGCUUUUUUUUUUUUUUUAAAUAGAUGAACCACUCGGUAAUUUGUGACCUUAAGUUCGUUCAGGUUUAUUAUUAUUAUUAUUCGGUUCCCGGUUUAUAGGCCCAUGCCUACUUGUUCCCUUAGAGUAGUAGUCAGUCUUGUCUUAAAAAUAAUUCAAGGAUUUUAGGUUGCCGAACACAGUUAGUUAACAAAUCGAUUGUGUUCAAUUCGUCGCUGUUGUCAGUAAAUGCAAGCCUAAAACGCACAUGUAAUGAGUUUAACUUGUUAUCUUUUGUAUAUAAAAAAAAUAAAAAGAGAGAGCGGAGAAUAGUUUGGCUUGAAUCGCAAGUUUCUCUCAAAGAAAUGGCAAAUCAUCAGACCUUUAUUUCAUACUAUAUUGUUUUGAUUCUCGUGCCAUUUGUAUGGUCGUCAAACACUUUGACAGCUAACCAAAUUCUCUCGAUCUCAAGCAAUCUCACAAUGAUUUCUCCCGGUAACGUUUUCGAGCUCGGUUUCUUCAAACUCGCCGGGUCUAAUACUAAAGAAGAUGGCGAGCGUUGGUACCUAGGCUUGUGGUUCUACAAAGCUAGUUCGAAGAUGAAUCCUCUUUGGGUAGCUAAUCGAGAGAGCCCCUUGUAUGAUUCCAAGGGAGCCUUAAAAAUAUACAAGUCCAACCUCGUCAUUGUCAAUCAAUCUGGAAACAUUAUAUGGUCCUCUUCGAAUGCGGUAGUCCCUUCUCCUCCUAAAACAUCUUCGGUGGUAGCAGAGCUUCUAUCUAACGGAAACUUCGUGUUGAGAUACUCAGACGACAACAGGGGGGAUUCGUUUCUUUGGGAAAGUUUCGAUUACCCGACCGACACACUACUCCCUGGGUCUGAUUUGGCUAAAGGCGUCAACAGAAGCCUUACUUCGUGGAUAAGCAACAACAACCCUUCUACCGGAAUUUAUUCGUAUGCAUUGCUGAGCAAAAAUCAGGAGAUGUUUUUGUUGGACGCGAAAUCAUCACCGGUUUACAGAAGAAGUUUCGGUUUAAAGACACCUUAUGCACUUGGCAAUGGAUACUACUUGCUACUACUGCAAGUUACAUAUGACGGAUUAUUACAGCAGUUUUCGUGGUCUCCAACUACACGUGAAAAGACCUUGCUAUGGCGUGGGCCCAGAGAUAGAUGCGAUCUUUACGGCAAGAUUUGUGGUUCUAACAGCGUCUGCAGCCUUGAGAAGGUGGACGUUCACGUGUUUGCCGGCUGUACGUGUUUCAAAGGCUUUAAGCCAAGAAACUGGCGGGGAUGGUGGUUAAGAAACAUGACAGAAGGAUGCCAGAGAAUAAGUCGGUUGAACUGUACUGGCAAUGGGUUUCAAGUUCUGAAGAAUGUCAAGUUGCCAGAUACAAAGGACGCGGGUUUGGAGAGGAGCAUUGGUCCAAAGGAAUGUAGACAAAGGUGUAUAGAAGAUUGCAGCUGUACGGGGUUUGCUAAUGUGGAGUUGGAUUGCUUCCUUUACAGUUCUGAUCUAGUUGAUUUACGAACACUGCAAAGUGGUCAACAAUUAUACAUCAAAGUGGCUACUAGUUAUCUCGGUAAAUUUUUUAUCUCUUCAUAGAGUAAACUCAAAAUAAGAGUAGUUUUAAUAUUAUACUAGUAUUUUGAAAGCGCAAAUUUAUUAUCGGAACAAACUAAAUAUAUUUGAUAUAAAUUUAUACUUUCAAUUUUGUAUAUAUUUUUAAAUGUUACAAAAGAAACAUAAUUUAUGCAAAUUAUUAUAUGUUUAAUGUUUGAAUUGAAAUAAUUCUAAUUAUUAAAAAAAUACGAAUGGGCGAGUGGUUAAUGAGUCAGGUGUAUUUAGUUUCUAUAUCAGGUUCGAAUCCAAACACUAACAGAUUUUUUAGUCAAUUUUU